GUAUACAUGCGGCCGGCUAGCACCCUUUUCAGACGCAAUGCAUUAGAUCGCACGGAAUAUUAUUUGAUUUUUGCCGUUGAGGUCAAAACUGACCUUUCCCCGCUUAUCGGAAAAUAGUGGGGCACUGAUACGAUUGCUUCUAUUACCAUAUUAAUGGACGUGAUAAGGACGCGCGUUUUGGGCCACCUGUAUAACACGGUUCCAGCAAUUAAACAAGAAUUUUAUUAAUGCAAUGAAUCAAUCAAUCGCAAUCUUGAACAAUUGUUGUCGCUUAGAUAAGGCAAGAAUUAGGUAAACUUUGCCGUUAAUAUUGAAAUUAUCAACGUGCGGUCGGAUUUUUCCGCCUGAUACACGUCCACUCGGCCAAUUAAUUAAAGCAAAGCCCGUCCAAUUAUUAAAUAAUGCAAGAGUCAACAUUCUAAUUGCGUUAAUGGUCCUUUUACGAAUCGUGUCAGUGAAUUAAGUGUUUGGCUAGUGUCCGGUCUAAAAAUAGCUCAUUGUGGUACUCGUCGCGUGAUUUUUCAUAUGUAUAUGUUUACAAAAUUCAAAUAUUGACUCGUUUUGCGCCAAUUUGGGUCAGAAAAGCGGCUCGUUAGGCGACGGAAGCAAGGAUACGAUAAGUCAUGAUUUUGUAUUGUGUUCGGACAAGUGAUCAAUAUUUCGUGACUGCCAACCCUCGCAAAUGAGCCUAGAUCAAUGUCGAGAUAGCUCCAAAAUAUGAGGCUUUCCAUCAAAAUGUAUCUCAUAAUUUUCAUAAGCGCAUCGGUGAUUCUGUACCAAUACCAGUUGUCGAACGCGUGGCUGAUCUCCCAGAAUUCGCAAGAGUUCCACGUUCUGAGCCCCAAAACCGGCGACAAACCCCGCAGUGGCUCCCUGUUUAACGCCUCUUCCAUUAGCAAUACGACACCCUGUUUUCAAGAGCCGGAAGACUUAUUGCCGCCCCUGUAUGUAAUAACCCCGACCUAUCGCAGGCCGGAACAACUCGCCGAAUUGACCCGACUGUCCCACACUCUGAUGCUCGUCAAAAACGUAUUUUGGAUAGUCGUCGAAGACGCAACGAACAAAAACCACCUAGUUGCCGAGCUUUUGAAAAAAACGGGCUUGAAACACGAGCACCUACUCGCGCCGAUGCCUGAACUUUACCGCAAGAAAAAAGGGCCCAAACCUCGCGGCGUCUCGAACCGGAACCGAGGCUUGCAGUGGAUACGCCAAAACGCCAAAACCGGAGUUUUUUAUUUCGCCGAUGACGACAACACUUACGACCUCCAGUUAUUUACAGAGAUUCGCUACACAAAACGCGUGUCGAUGUUUCCCGUUGGUCUGAUCACCAAACUGGGCGUGAGCUCGCCCAUCGUCCGCAACGGUCGUUUUUCGGGGUUUUAUGACGGAUGGGUGGCCGGUCGCAAGUUUCCCGUUGAUAUGGCCGGCUUUGCCGUCGCGGUUGAGUUUCUGUUGCAGCGUCCGAAAGCUUUAAUGCCGUUCAGGCCUGGUUUCGAAGAGGACGGCUUUUUGAAAAGUCUCGAACCUUUUGAACCUCAAGACAUCGAAUUGUUAGCUUCAAAUUGCACAAAAAUUUUAGUAUGGCACACGCAAACGAAGAAGAAUGAACCGUCACAACCCUUAGAUCUCGCCAAGUAUAAUAGCACUAACUUAGUCAUGCUCAAACAAAUACUGGUAUAGGCAAUCAGUCCGGAAGUCCAUUUACUGUACAAAUUUAUAAGGGUUCUGUAGUUAACGACUUGCAUAUCGGUUCAGUUCGAGUUUAUUUAUGUGAUACUUUUGUAUGUUGUUUCGUUUUAUAUUGACGUGGAUAUUUUUUAUGAAAGAGGCUGUGGAUGACUUUUUUACCAUCAUUCGCUAUUUAGAACAUGUAAGAUAAACAACAAUCAUGUAGCGUUUUGCGAAAGUAAAACAGUAUAAGUA